GGGCGGAGUGGACGAGCGAGCAAAUAAAUUGCGUCGGUGCGCGCAGCGUAGAUGGUCUCGCGUCUUGUUUGCGAAACAUAAUCCAGAAGGCGGCUGCAGUCACAAAAAAAAAGCCAAAAUGUCCAAGGGUCCAGCUGUAGGCAUUGAUCUGGGGACCACCUACUCCUGUGUGGGUGUCUUCCAACAUGGCAAGGUGGAGAUCAUCGCCAACGACCAAGGCAACCGGACAACCCCCAGCUACGUGGCCUUCACAGAUACGGAGCGCCUCAUCGGGGAUGCUGCCAAGAACCAAGUGGCCAUGAAUCCUACCAACACAGUCUUUGAUGCCAAGCGCCUGAUCGGCCGCCGUUUCGAUGACCCUGUGGUCCAUUCCGACAUGAAGCACUGGCCUUUCCAUGUGAUCAAUGACGCCGGCCGUCCCAAAGUGCAGGUGGAGUACAAAGGGGAAUCAAAGACCUUCUACGCAGAGGAGAUCUCGUCUAUGGUCCUCACCAAGAUGAAGGAAAUUGCAGAGGCUUACCUGGGCAAGACCGUCAACAAUGCUGUGAUUACAGUCCCAGCUUAUUUCAACGACUCCCAGAGACAAGCCACAAAAGACGCCGGCACUAUCGCAGGCCUGAACGUCCUCCGUAUCAUCAAUGAACCCACAGCAGCUGCCAUAGCUUACGGGUUGGAUAAAAAGGUAGGCGGGGAACGCAACGUGCUCAUCUUCGACCUGGGUGGCGGCACCUUUGACGUCUCCAUCCUGACCAUCGAGGACGGCAUCUUUGAGGUGAAGUCAACUGCUGGGGACACCCACUUGGGUGGUGAAGAUUUUGACAACCGCAUGGUGAACCACUUCGUGUCCGAGUUCAAGCGCAAGCACAAGAAGGACAUCACGGACAACAAGCGGGCGGUGCGGCGGCUGCGCACGGCCUGCGAGCGGGCGAAGCGCACCCUCAGCUCCUCCACCCAGGCUUCCAUUGAGAUCGACUCCCUCUAUGAGGGCAUUGACUUCUACACGUCCAUUACCCGGGCCCGUUUUGAAGAACUGAAUGCUGACCUCUUCCGUGGUACUCUGGAGCCCGUAGAAAAAGCCUUGCGUGAUGCCAAGCUGGACAAGGCCCAGGUCCACGACGUUGUGCUCGUUGGGGGCUCGACCCGCAUCCCCAAGAUCCAGAAGCUCCUGCAGGAUUUCUUCAACGGCAGGGAACUUAACAAGAGCAUCAACCCUGACGAAGCAGUGGCUUAUGGAGCAGCGGUCCAAGCUGCCAUCCUCUGUGGGGACAAGUCUGAGAAUGUCCAGGACUUGCUGCUCUUGGAUGUCACACCCCUCUCCCUGGGUAUCGAGACGGCCGGCGGGGUGAUGACAGCCCUGAUCAAGCGGAACACCACCAUCCCCACCAAGCAGACCCAGACGUUCACCACUUACUCUGACAACCAGCCAGGAGUGCUGAUCCAGGUGUACGAGGGAGAGCGUGCCAUGACCAAAGACAAUAACUUGCUAGGCAAGUUUGAGUUGACAGGGAUUCCUCCCGCUCCGCGCGGCGUCCCCCAGAUUGAGGUCACCUUUGACAUUGAUGCCAACGGCAUCCUCAACGUCUCGGCCGUGGACAAGAGCACCGGCAAGGAGAAUAAGAUCACCAUAACCAACGAUAAAGGCCGUCUUAGCAAGGAGGAGAUUGAGCGCAUGGUGCAAGAGGCGGAGCAAUACAAAGCUGAAGAUGAAAUCCAGAGGGAGAAGAUUGCGGCUAAGAACUCCUUGGAGUCCCUGGCGUUCAACAUGAAGAGCACGGCGGAGGACGAGAAGCUCAAGGACAAGCUGUCCCCGGAGGACAAGCAGAAGAUCCUGGACAAGUGCAACGAGGUCAUAGCCUGGCUGGACAGGAACCAGAUGGCAGAAAAGGAUGAGUACGAGCACCAGCAGAAGGAGCUGCAGAACGUUUGCAACCCCAUCAUCACGAAGCUAUACCAAGGGGCUGGAGGCAUGCCGGGGGGGAUGCCUGGGGGCUUCCCAGGAGCAGGAGGAGCUGGGAGCGGCUCUUCAGGCCCCACCAUUGAGGAGGUGGAUUAAGAGCCUGCUCCUCAACCCCCUGCACGGUUGUAGAGGGUGGGGAAGACUUGCAGGCUGUCUUGGGCUUCUGUCUGAUCCUGCUUCACUUGAAUUGCCUCCUUUAUACCUCUUUAAGUUUGCCCAAAUGAGGCUUCUUUGGUUCUCUUCUCUCUCUCUCUGCCUUCCCCACCUUCCUUUGUUUUUCUGCUCUGUUGAUGGAGUUGGGCAUGUCUCCUUGCUACCAAACUGACACUUAGCAGGAUGUUCACAUCAAUAAAUUAUUGCACUUUGGUCGUCCGGC